AUGGCUGCUACAUCUGGGAUAGCUGAAGAGGAAACACAAGUGUCUUCCAGUGACGAGAACAAUCCGAGGCUGGAUGUCUAUGUAUGGGACAUGGAUGAGACCCUUAUACUACUCAAUUCCUUGCUGAAAUCGUCAUAUGCCGAGUCUUUUAACGGUCUGAAGGAUGUGCGGAAAGGUGUUGAGCUUGGGAGGAUGUGGGAAAAUCUCAUUCUGCAAUUAUGCGAUGAUAAUUUCUUCUACGGCCAAAUUGAGAAUUACAAUAAGCCGUUUCUUGAUGUUAUGUCCGAGUAUGAUGAUGGGAGGGACCUAUCAGAUUAUGACUUCAACACAGAUGAAUUAGGGCCACCACAUGAUGAUGUCAACAAAAGAAAACUUGCAUAUAGGCAUCGAGUUAUAGCCCAAAGAUACUUGCAGGGUUUACAUAAUAUUUUAGAUCAUGAGACAAUAAAAGCAUGGGAUGAUUUGUAUAGUAAAACUGAUGAAUAUACUGACAAAUGGCUUUCAUCAGCAAGGGCCUUUUUGGAGGAAUGUUCUGGUGAAAAGAAAGAUGUGGUUUCUUCCACUGCUUAUGGUAACACAAGCACGAACUCAACUAAUGCAAAGCAUCAGCGUGUAAAUGUUCUGGUGACAUCUGGAUCGUUGAUACCAUCUCUUGUAAAAUGCCUGCUCUUUCAUCUCGACAGUGUUAUAACACAUGAAAAUGUGUAUAGUUCCUGGGAUGUGGGGAAAACUCAAUGCUUUCGAUGGAUCAAGGAGCGUUUCAACCAUCCCAACGUUCGUUUUUGUGUGAUUGGAGACGGAUGGGAAGAAUGUGAAGCUGCAGAAAUUAUGAGAUGGCCAUUUAUUAAGAUUGACCCACGGCCAGGAAAGCCUCAUAGGUUCCCUGGUCUCACAUCCAAAACAGUUGGCCACUAUUUUUCUGUGGUGUAUCCAAACAACAAGAAUGAUGAAGAAUGA